AUGCCCACAUUGAGACGCAGAAGAGAGGUCUCGCACCCUGUCGAGAAGCCUGAGGUCAACGAGACGAAGUCCCGCGUCACAGAACCGAUCACGAGCCUUCUCGAGCAGCUCGACACUGCACCCGAGAGCACGGUCGAGACACUGGCUGUUGUCAACAACACGACAGAGACGACAUCCCAUGGGAUGGAGCUCAUCGCGAGCCAUCUCAAGCAGCUUGAUACCGCACCCAACGGCACGGUCGACGAGAUGACAUCCAACUUGCCCGAGCCUGUCGUGAGACCACUCCAAAGCGUCGACGAGACGACGUUCUAUGCGUUCGAGCCCAUCACGAGCCAUCUCGAGCACACCAAAGCACUUAUCAGUCCCUUGCGAGGUGGAACAGACGUCAAAAAAUUCAUCAUUAUCAACAUCAUCAUCAUCAUCAUCCACGACAUCAUCAUCAUCCACAACAUCAUCAUAGUCAUCAUCAUCGUCAUCAUCAACAUGCACAUCAACAACCACGGUGCUACUCAAAGAACUUCUCGCGACCGAGGCCGAAGCGCAGCCGACAGCGCAAAAGGAGAAAGUGGCAACGACAACACGAGGGAAGGCGAGGCAAUCGAUACAGGGCGAGGGGCCACGACUACGAGCAAGAAGGAGGAGUUGUCACCGAAGGAGAAGGCCGCGCUGGCAGCGCACAUAAUCAAUGUCGCCCUCAAGUCACUGACCGAGACAUCCGGGUCUGCAGGAGUUGUAGUUUAA